AUGGGGAAGCUCAUACCCAACAAAUUCAUUCUUGGAGUUGUCAUAUUUGUGGCACUAGGAUCAUGCUCAUGUGCAUACGGACUGGCCAUUAUUGGCUCAACCAUUGGACAGCCCAGCUUUUAUAAAUCGCUGAAGCUCACUCCUCAGGGUGAACCCGGGUAUAGUCGUACUGCGGCAUACAUUGGCGGCUUCAAUGGUACCUUCUCAGAUGCGCAAGAUCCUCCUGAUGGCGAUGAGCUGAUAUUUCCGUCCGCAGGGAUUUCGUGCGCCGGUUCUGCGUUUGGGUCAUGUGCGGUUUCCUAUCUCGCCGACAAAUACUCUCGCAAGCAUACCAUCCAACUCGGUGCGAUAAUUCUGUCAAUCGGUGCUGCUAUCUGUGGUGGAUCGGUGGAUAAUGCUAUGUUCCUCGUUGGACGUCUUAUCAAUGGAUUUGGCAUCGGUCUUCUAGUCACCUGCAUCCCGAUGUAUCUAGCGGAAGUGUCCACCCCUGAAUGCCGUGGCUUCAUGGUCUCUAUGCAUGGCAUCAUGUUCGCACUAGGAUACACACUAUCCGCGUUCCUAGGCUUCGGAGUGUCGUUCAUCUCCACCUCAGGUUCACCCUCGAGCUUUCCAUGGCGCUUUCCAAUUGCCUUCCAAAUGCUACCAGCAUUGAUCAUGCUCGCGGGCUCAAAGUUUCUGCCUUACUCUCCACGCUGGCUUAUGAUGCAAGGCCGUGUGGAUGAAGCGCACGACGUCAUUAAACGUCUUCACCAAAGCAAAGAUGAUACCCAUGCUACUCUUGCUCGCCAGGAGUUUUAUCAGAUCAAGAAGCAGGUCGAGCUUGACCGUGAAAUGAUAGCUUCCAGCUCAAGCUUCGAGAUAUUCAAGACAGCACCUAACCGACGACGGCUCUUUGUGGGCUGCACUUUAAUGUUUCUUAAUGUUUGGACGGGCAGUGGACUCAUCGCGAACUACGGAGUCAUUCUAUAUACUCAACUUGGCAUGACUGGAUAUAUGCCAUUGCUGUUGACCUCCCUUUGGGUACUGGUGACAUUCCCGGGCAAUACCUUCUGUGCUUUCUACGUCGAAAAAUUUGGUCGCAGGAGGUUCUUGCUCAUCGGCUUGAGUGGCAUCCUCAUCUGUCUGGUCUGUGAAGCUGCAAUACAAGCCAAGUACAUUGGUACCAGUAAUCAUGUCGCUUUAGGGUUUGGGGUGUUCUUCAUAUUCCUAUUCAUUUGUCCCUUUUGGAGUACCUUCAUGGAUGCCACCCAAUUCGUCUACAUUUCCGAGAUUUUCCCUACUCACAUCCGCAGUCAAGGCAUGGGACUUUCGAUGUUUGCUCUAUUUGCCAGCAGUACAAUCGCUCUCUGUGCUGGUCCUACUGCACUCAACGAGGAUAUCAAUGCGUUAUUCGGCGAAAAGGUCGCAAUUCAUAUGUACGGUGCUACUGAGGCAGAGAAAGAAGAAUUUGAACAGGCUGUGCUGCGAGACGAGCAGGGAGACUUUCACAUGGUAACAGGAGAAUCUACCGACAUCGACGACUCAAAAAAUGCUGCGGAGCGAGUUGAGCACCUUGUCCAAGAUGAAACUGUGUGA